AUGGCGCGAAUAUCAUUUGGUAUACAAAACAUAUUUUCUCUGGCUGCUCGAGAGCGAUGUAUGACUAAUUUCAAACGUUUAGCGACACCAAGGUACGGCAAACUGCCAAGUGAUGCCGCAGCGAUGUUAGUACCAGUAUGCAAAGUAGGAGAUAAACCGUCGAUACUUUAUACAGUUCGGGCCACGAACCUUAGGACUAUCAAAGGAGAGAUAUCAUUUCCAGGUGGGCCAAUAGUCCAAGAUGAAUCUCCUGUACAAACAGCUCUCAGGGAAACGUAUAAAGAAAUCGGUUUAAGUCCUGAAAAAAUAGAUGUCUGGGGUCAUGGGCCACCGCUUCCAGGUCGCAAUAACAAGAUAUUGAUCACUCCUGUCAUUGGAUCUAUAGAAGGUCUGGCACAAGAUGAUUUGACCAUUAAUUCUCGCGAAGUUGCAGAAGUAUUCACUAUCCCUAUUGAGAUGUUGUGUGAACCCAAGAACCAAUAUUACACACAAUUCAGUAAUGGAUUCAUUCUGCCGGUGUUUGUAAUCGAAGAUUAUAAGAUAUGGGGUAUAACUGCGUUUAUAACUCAUUCAUUCUUGAGCUCCGUACUUACCAGCGAUGUUUAUAAAAAUGAAUGGAUGAAGAAGAAAAUCGAGAUAGAAAAAUCGUAG